GUUAUUUCUUGCGUUGAUAUUUGGGUCAAUUCCGGAAAAUCGGUGUUCGACUUCCGGUGAAGCUCUUAAAGUGUUAGCAUAUCGUUUCGCACUAGUGCGAUAAAAUUUUGUGUAUUUCUGUUCGCGGAAGAAAAAUUUUUUCUCGUCCUAGAGUGGAUCCGUGUGGCGACGCCGCGAAACAUCAUCGGGAGUCAAUGUAAAAGAAUUUACAAUCGAAAAAUAUAAAAUAAUCGAAAAUAAUAAUACAACCAAACAUAACCUACAAGAAAAUAAAUGAACAACACAAGUGCAAAAAACACAAUCGAAUUAAAACACAAAAUUAAAUUAUAAACAAACAAUACAAAGGCAAGAUGGGCCAUCACUGGCCUUAGCCUGUCACGUUAGUGACACAGCAAAUAAAAAAAAAAAAAAAAAAAAAAUCGGUGUUCUGUUCAUUUUCUGUUAAAACUGGCUUAGGCCAUUGUGAAUCCGUAUCGCAAAAUAUAGUGCCUCAUCAACACAAAAUUUCCGGAAUGUCUCAAGCAUUAGAACAGCGCGAAGCUAGCAUUCAGCAAGGAGUAUCGGAACUUAUAAGAUCGUUGACCGGUUUUCAUGAAACGGAGGAGAAUUUCACGAUUUGUCAACAGUUUUCAUUGUCAACAAUUCGGAAUCAUCGCUUCAUUUCAGUAAACAGCCAUGAAAUUCGGCGCAAGGCCGAAGGGUUGAUGGAGAAUCUACGAAUUUCCAAUAUGGAAAAGCAGGCCGAACAAUUCCGUACGGUAUUUGAACAGUUUAUAAGUGAUCCGGUGUGUGUGAACCAUUAUGAGCACGACAUCCAGUGGUCAGUUUUGCUAUUUCUUAUGACCAUCGCUCACAAUCCCAUUGGUGCUUUAAAGGAACGCUUGAGACGUGGGUCUCCGAUCGCUUUAGUUGAGACCAAUGUUCAGUCUACCGUUCUAUUGGACGACGAUGAAAAAACUGAACUCUUAGAGGAACUACGAGCCUGCGACAUAAACACACGGACUCAGGAUUCGGAUGACGAUUCGGAGUUAAGCGAUUGGUCCGAUUCAGAAGGUGAUGAAGAGAAACAUCUCGACACUGCUGUCGAUGCUGAAAAAUUAGAUGUGUCCAAAGAAGUAAUCGUAUUCGGUAGAGUUGAACCUCCUCAGCGAGAUUUGGGUUAUGUAAAGUUCGAUGGUUCCAUGUCAGAAAAGUGGCUUAAGGAAAACGUUCAGAAUUGCUGGUGGAAGGAUUCUAAGGCGAAAGCAGAGGUUAACAGUACACACGAAGGAGCCGCGUUUUGUGAUUAUUGGAAUCAAACCAUUCUGAAGGCUUCGCAUAGUUUCAUAAAACCGGACCCCGUAUCAACCGUGUCGGAAUACUGUUUGGUGCGGGAAAUACUUUGGAUGUUCGUGAAUCCGGUCAACUGCAAAUUUUUUCGAAUCGACGACGAUCAAGUUUGGAUCAACCCGAACGUGUCGCUUUCCAGUGCCACCGAGCGAGGUUUGCACACAUUUUUGCUAAACUUUACCGAGCACAUGACCAUUGUCUAUCGGUUGCGCAAUUUCUGCGUCAGGGUAUCGGAAGCAACCAGCAAACCCAUUCCAGCGCCGUACAGCUUUGAAUGCUAUGCAUCGGCAGUUCGUAACUUUCUCGAUCAUUUGCAAGCAAAUGUGGUUGAACUGGAGAGUCGAAAAAUUACUCAGCAACAGGAUCGAAUUUUUACAAUUAUUACGUUGUUUCAAGAUCUGGAACCAGAAUUUCAACUAUUAAAGAAUCUCAACGACAUUCAUCGGUUUUCGGUUCUCGAUUGGACCAAAUUUCCAGCCCACAUCGCGGUGGCACAUUUACUGUCGGGCUUGUUCCGAAGCGUAAAGUUGAGUGGUAACCUGGACAAGACGAACCUAGCUUUUGCCUUACUCUUGUCGACUCUGAAAGGUUACAUGAAUAUCAUUGACAUUUGGUGGACUGAAGGCCGCUUGGACGACUGGCGGGAGGAAUUUUUGGUGGAGAAAACUUACGCCGAAGAUGCCAGCACGGUGACCGGUUAUCGGGCACGGUUAUUUUCAAAGUGCAAGCAGCGCUCGUUUUACGUGAGCUCUGCCAUUUCGGAAGUGAUUGAGAAUGAUACGAUAAUACAGCUGCUGAUGCAUCACUCACUCGCCGCGGGAUACACGUUGAAUAUCCUGAAUGGACUUGAUCGGAUAAGCGACUUGAGAAGUGGUUGUGAAACGGAAGAUAGUAUGGUUUAUGUGGGCUUCUUGGAGGCAAUUGUGGAAGUUCUCGAGGGAUUCCGAACAGACGACGAAGUGGUUCCGGAAAGUACAUGCGAUGAUGUUGUGCAAAUGGACAUGAUUGCGAAGGAGACGGCCAAAACAUCGAAGCUCCAAAACUUGCGCAAUCAAAUCAAAGAAAUCUGUGACGACGAACUGCUGAUGAUGGCUUUAGAUAGUUCCCUUCGGUUGGCUUGUUCAGAAGAUGAAACUGAAGCUCAACUGGCGUCCCAGCCACCGGUAGAUUGUUUGACGAAUGCUUACUCGUUGUACAGCCGCCUGAAUUCGAUAUCACGACAUCUGAUGCUCCCACUGGAACAGGUAUUGUUCAGCACCAUCAAGAACCUGAUGGAAACAAAACGGCAAGCGGCAAACCAUUUCGUCACCACUAUCUAUAAAGAAGAGUUUCUGGUGUUGAAUCAUUUGAAGAACAUUAGAAAAGUACUGCUGCUGGAAGCGAGUGAUUUGAUGUAUUACUUCUAUAGUGAUCUGUUUCGGCGAAUAGAGGCGGGGGAAAACUGGGCCAAUCCUUAUCUAUUGACAAUUCAGCUGAACGAUAUACUGGCUUCGAGAUUUACCGACAUGACCUCGCUGUUUACGAUCGAAAUUCUGUCCGAGUACAAAGCGGAAACAACAACCGUGCUGGAUGCGAUUGAUAAACUUCGGAUUCUGUACAAUCCGAGCAAUGAUCUCAGCAAUAUGAUAAACGAAGAGACCAUGACUAGCUAUAACUGCAUUUUCCGGUUUCUGUUGAAGGUAAAAUGGGCUCUCUGUACCUUGGAAUCUUUGCGUUAUCCAGAGUGUUACAAGCGUAGACCGCCUUAUGAGGAACCGUGUGUGUUAGAUUUGAAUCUAAAGCGACUGGCGAUGUUGAAAUUUUGGAUGAUCUUUACGGUUCAGUGCAUUCACUCGCACCUGAUGACCCACGUGUUACAAUCACUCGGCAUGCAGUUGGAUGAGCGCUUGGAUGCCGCCGAUAACCUCAACGACAUGAUUACCGUCCAUCAAUCCUACAUCAGCACGAUCUACGAACAUUGCUUCCAGCGGGAAGAGAGUAAACUAUUCCGGGAAGGCAUCAUUCGUCUGCUUAACUUAGUUCAUAUCGUACGGGACGAAUGGAACAACAAUGUUGUCUACUCGGAGAUGGACGCCCGUGGAGAUAUCGAGGAUAACAGUAUGAUUGGAGAUUUCAUCAGCAAUGCACAAGUUGGCAUGUUAGAAAUGACCUAUUGCAAGUGUCACCAGCAGCUAGCGGAACUUUUCAACAGAGAAGUUUAUACCAAGCAUAAAGCACAUCUUGCAGCACUGGCGGAUGCUCUCAGUUACAAUAUUCCUUACUAAGUUUUGUAAGUUUUGCAGAAUCGCGAAUAAAAUAUUUAUUCAUUGUUGUAUCUUA